GCGAGAGUUCUCAUGGGAAUGGAGUUAUGGAGGCAGUGUGUGCACAGCGUUACUGGUGGCAGGAGGUAGAACUAGCGGUCCCCGCGACACGUCAAAUCGCGCGGCGGCUGUGCCGUGCUCCUUCCUGCCACUUUCAGCCCCCCUAACCCUAACCCAAUAACCUCCGGACUCGUACGGUUACGCUUAUGCCACUCCCCAUCUCACGAGGCGAAUAACCAUCGCCCACAAAAGCCAGCCUGCUCCCUUCCUGCGGGCAUCGGCAAGUCACUCUGCGCAAACCAAACACCACACACGUUGCCUCACCCAGCAAACCCUACGGCUCUCCAGCUCGUGGAGCCCGGAUGGAUCCGACGCUCAGGGGAAUGUUGGGCCAGGGUGCCGGCAGCGGCGGCCGUGGCGGGGCGAGGGGAGGCGGCGGCGAGGCGCAAUACAGGGGCGUGAGGAAGCGUCCGUGGGGGAGGUACGCGGCUGAGAUCCGCGACCCGUGGAAGAAGACGCGGGUGUGGCUCGGCACCUUCGACACCCCCGUGGAGGCCGCCCUCGCCUACGACCGCGCCGCGCGCACCCUCCGCGGCACCAAGGCCAAGACCAACUUCCCCGACCACGCCCACAACCACCGCCAACAUCUCCAUCUGGCGCCGAUCCCGCGUCAGGCCCCGCCACAGCCCGUUCCGCUGGGCGGCAUCGACCUCAACUGCUCUUCUCCUUGGCAUUUCGUCUACUUCCAGCACCCGGCAGCGGUCGCGGCCCCUCUUCCCCCGGCAGCGACGCCGCCAGCCGCUGUACCUCCCUCAACUGCGCUGGAGCUUGGCACAGGCCAAAGGCGGGGCAGCCUCCCGUUCGAUCUCAACGAGGCGCCGUCGUGCUAAGGCAAAGUUUAUCGAGGCAGUAGCGCCGAAGGUGGUGAGCAGUAUUUUAUUUAGGACUGCUUCUUCCUCUGGGAACCAAGAUCAGGGCCUCUAUUCCUCGCAAUCGCAACCUGCACCGUCGCCUCACAAUCAACCGGGGUUCUGGCUGAUUGAACCCACUGCCAUCGCCGGGCGGCCGCGGCAGAGAGAUGUCCAUGCCUCCGUGGAGAUUGAGAAAUGGCGUAUUGUGGUGGACGAAGUGGAAGUGCGGCAAUCGCCACACGCAAGUGAAGUGGUGAGCAAAUCGGCGGGAAUUGUUUGGAUUUUGGGUAGGAUCUCUCCUACCCAGCUCAAAGAUUGGACUGGGCUGCAAUAUAGUUUUAACCAGUCUGAGCUGGGCCUCUUUAGAUGGGCUAAAUUGAUGGGUGAUAAUAAAUGACGUUCUUCUUCUCCAACCCACUUUGGAACAUUACCGUACUAGCCCAUCGAACGCAUGCAGGUGCACUCCGACGUCAGAGUCAACAUCUGGACAUCACUACAACCAACCCUCUUCCUAUAUUGUAUAUGAAUUCCAUCAAUGUUUCUUACCUUUUUAACCCUAGAGAAUGUAAAAAGGUAGCGCAUGCGUUAGCAGCGCUUGGGUAUGUGUGCCCUAUGGAUGCUGACUAGAGUUUGGUUAGUGUUCUGAAAUGUAUUGAGGACUUGGCCGCACGCGAUUUAGCGGCAAUUUCGGUUUAAUGGAAUCCUUAUUCCAUAAAAAAAAAAACUCUUGCU